UGGCCAUGGAAGCCGCCCUCCGCGCCUUCCACGAGGGCACGCUCCUGAGUUGCGAGUUUCGUCUUGGGUCGUUUGCCACAGCGGGGUACUUGCUUCGCUUGCCACCGAACACCGCCGUCCUCCCGCAGGACUUGGACGACGCCAUUGUGGUCGCCGCCCGCGUGCUUGGCCAAGCCUUUGUCGUGAAGUGGACGCGCCACGCGUGGGCAGCGACCAACGCAGCCGUCGUGCAAGAGACUCUACCAGCGUUCGCGCAGCUCGCGUCGCUUCGUCUGCGCUACCCCAGCUAUGCGCUGGUGGCACCGUAACGUUAACACUAAGUGCACGGGUCAAGUCGAACUGGAGCGGCUUGUUAGACGUCGACAAUCU